CCCAGCAACACUUGGGAGAGGAAGAAAAAGUUCACCCUUUACUUUCAUUUACACGCCCAGCAGAUCUGAACUAAUGAUUCUCCUGUAACAGCAAUGUCGGGACAGCGGUGACUGUUCACAGGAACUAGAAACAACAGGAAAACAUCUCGUGUUGCGCAGAGCGAUCAUGGCAGGUCGGUGUUGGCUGGAGUCUUCACUGGAUCGUUCGUCUAAACUCGGACUUGAGGUGUUGCAGAGAGCCAAAAGAAGAUCGGAAACCUGGAAGAGUGUAGGGACAUCUCACCGAGAUGAUUCUGGCACUGAGAAACACACAGAGGUUCUGGAACACCCUGCUGCCCAUAUGACCUUGGAUAGUGCUUUUGCAAAAAUAGUGGAAUGCAUGUCUGAAACCAGCAAUCAAUGCAAGAGGGUUUACAGGUCUGCAAGUGCAGCAGAGCUUCGUGAUCAAGAGCGAACCCAUGUGUGUCGCUUUCACGCUAAGCAGCAUCUACAGACUUCAAGGCAAAUUCAAACCACUACCUUAACCUCCAAAAGAGCUCAUUACACUGGUUUAUCCGAGCCAGAGGAUUUCUUGAUUGAAGUGUCUCCGGGCACUUACGCCAUCACAGCAGCAAUGCAGGAUGCCGGCCCACAGACCCGAGUGGUGCACAUCAAUGCAGGGGAGAGCAUGAGACUCACGUUCAACCUCUGACCUCAAGCUACUGUCCUCAGGGCUUGACAAAAUGUUGCACAAAAACUGAAAAUGAAAUUCUUCAUAACUGAAUUUAAGCUCUUUGUUGCACUUAAUGUAAUGUGUACAUGUACUACUCAGGGUAUUUUCAUUAGCAGUACUGAAUUUUAACAGUUAUGAUCAAAUAAUGUGCAAUACAAAUUUUGCCUUAUUUUGUGAACUUUUGGUGCUGAAAUAAACACAUUAUUUUUUUUUAGAUUUCAA